UCUUGGUGCCUGUCUGGUCUUCAGGGACCUAUUCUAGCAGUAAAUCUAAGGAUAGGACUGUUAGGCAACGACAUAACGACUCAUUUCAAAUUAUUUGUUAGGCUGCACUGUGCAAACGUUACUUGCUAUUCGACUGGAGUCGCCCAGGGCGUCGACUGGCCAACAAGCAGAGCAUCCAUUCAUCCUUUCAUUGGCAGCUGAGGUUUUCCAGUCAAAGCUAGCUAGCGUUAGCCAAGAGGCAGGGGACAGCUGUGUCAGAGGGAUCCUCAAAAUGUCCGGUUACCAAGGAAAGAAGAACAUCCCAAGAAUUACAAGUGACCGUCUCCUCAUCAAAGGAGCAAAGAUAGUGAACGAUGAUCAGUCAUUCUUGGCUGAUAUCUACAUGGAGGAUGGAGUCAUCAAGCAAAUCGGAGACAACCUCAUCGUUCCCGGGGGAGUUAAAAUCAUAGAGGCUCAUGGGAGAAUGGUGAUGCCUGGAGGUAUUGACGUGCACACCCGAUUCCAGAUGCCUGACCGAGGCAUGGUGGCGGCAGAUGACUUCUACCAGGGCACCCGGGCGGCCCUGGCUGGGGGAACCACCAUGAUCAUUGACCAUGUGGUGCCGGAGCCUGGCGUCAGUCUGGUUCCUGCGUUCAAACAGUGGAGGGAGUGGGCUGAUAGCAAGUCCUGCUGUGACUAUUCUCUGCAUGUGGACAUCACUGAUUGGAACAAAGGCAUUCAGGAAGAGAUGGAGACUCUAGUGAAGGAUCACGGUGUCAACUCUUUCCUGGUCUAUUUGGCUUAUAAGGAUGUUUUCCAACUUUCUGACUCUCAGAUCUAUGAGGUGUUCAGUGUCAUCAGAGAUCUCGGAGCCAUUGCGCAGGUGCAUGCUGAGAAUGGAGACAUCGUUGCAGAGGAGCAGAGACGUAUUCUAGAGCUGGGGAUCACUGGCCCUGAAGGUCAUGUACUCAGCCGCCCAGAGGAGGUGGAGGCUGAGGCAGUCAAUCGCUCUGUCACCAUAGCCAAUCAGACCAACUGUCCUCUCUACAUCACCAAGGUGAUGAGCAAGAGUGCUGCUGAUGUCAUCGCUCUUGCCAGGAAAAGGGGUGCUGUGGUUUAUGGAGAACCCAUAUCUGCCAGCUUGGGCACUGACGGUACUCAUUACUGGAGCAAGAACUGGGCCAAGGCAGCAGCCUAUGUCACUUCUCCACCACUCAGCCCCGAUCCCACCACCCCCGACUACCUCAACUCCCUGUUGUCAUGUGGGGACUUGCAGGUGACUGGGAGUGCUCACUGCACUUUCCAGACUUCUCAGCGUGCAGUAGGCAAAGAUAACUUCAGCCUAAUUCCAGAGGGCACCAACGGCACUGAGGAGAGGAUGUCCCUAAUCUGGGACAAAUGUGUGGUGACUGGAAAGAUGGAUGAGAACCAGUUUGUGGCAGUGACCAGCACAAACGCAGCCAAGAUCUUCAACCUGUACCCCCGCAAGGGCCGCAUCGCUGUGGGGUCUGACGCCGACCUCGUGCUGUGGGACCCAGACAUCACUAAGAUCAUCUCAGCUAAGAGCCACAACCUGGCUGUGGAGUACAACAUCUUUGAGGGCACAGAGGUGCGUGGAGGUCCUCUGGUGGUGAUCAGCCAGGGCAAGAUAGUGUUGGAGGAGGGCAGCCUUCACACCACCGAGGGCUGUGGGCGCUACGUCAGCCGUAAACCCUUCCCCGACCAAGUGUACAAGAGGAUAAAGGCUCGCAGCAGGCUCACAGAGUUGCGAGGAGUCCCCAGGGGCCUGUACGAUGGGCCGGUGUGUGAGGUGACUCUGACUCCCAAGGUGAUGUCCACAGUCUCCUCAGUGAAGACUUCCCCUGCCAAGCAGCAGCAGCAGCAGCAGCAGCAGCAGCAGCAGCAGCAGCAACAGCAGCAGCUUACUCACCAGCCAGUGCGCAACCUUCACCAGUCUGGCUUCAGCCUGUCUGGUGCCCAAAUUGACGACAAUGUUCCUCGUCGCACCACUCAGCGCAUCGUGGCUCCCCCUGGUGGGAAAGCCAACAUCACCAGCCUCGGCUAAGCUCCUCUCACAACUGAGCCGGGGCGCAGGGCAUCACGGGACCAGAGGCCACUCUUACCGCUGUCACAUCACAUCUGGUCACCUCUGACUCCCCCUGCACCCCACCCAAAAGCACUCCAUCCAUUCUUGUUCUCACACUUCCACUUUGUCACCUCAUGGGGAAAAAAAAAAGAGAAAGCACUAUUCCAUUCUGUUUCAUCUUUCCUGCCAUAUUCUACUGUCAUCAAGGAAGGAUCAAGUGAAUUGAAGCAGCUUUUUUGCUGUUUUUUUUUAAGCCCAGUUUGAUUAUUGAUGAAAGUAAUUUGUUUACAUUUGUUUACAUUUUUGUAUAAUUUUUGCGGUCCAUGUUUGAGCAGUUUAGGUGACAGGAAAUCUGGGCCUGAGAAGCGGUCGGUUUCAUGAGCGGGCAUUUUAGCAACACCAGUUGUUUACAAUUUUUGUCUUCUUGCGCUGUUUAUUUUCCAGAUAUUAGUUAGAAUGUGCUGGUGGUCGUGUUACGCUACAACCUUUUAGUUGAAAGUAAAGCCUCCACUGUCCAUGUUGUAACACUGCUACACUAUAAAAUUGCUGUUUAAAAUCUGAAAAUACUAAUCAUGAAAGAUCAGAAGAUUAGAAUAUUGUUUUUGCAUCUCAGAAGACCUUUUAAUUUUAAAUUUGCAGUAUUAGCUGAACAUUUCACUUUGGUCUUACUUUUGUGUUAUAGUUGCACUUUCUUCAUUUUUUAACACUGAUGUUUUAUGUUUUUAUUAAGUUGUUUUGGAAAGCACUGACUGCACUGAAAGGAAAAGAAAGGGUAUUUUAGAGUUAAACCACUCAUUCAAUUUCACCCUGAAUAUAUGUGUCAGGGAGAAAUGGUACAUAACAUUUUGUCUGAGAGAC